ACAUGUACCGUAAUUAUUUUGUCCCCAGGCCAGAGUGUGCUGUUUGGAGGUUGAAAAGCACGAAAUUUGAACGCGUCGCAAUUUGAACUGAAUGACCUAAAUAAAUAGCCCUCGCAGAUGAGUAAAUGGCAGCCAGAGGAAGCUGUCCUGCCAGUGACAGCGAGGACGAAGACUGCGCUGCUGGUCCAGAUGAUGAUUACCUUACGUACGCCUCUCCGCGCCAGAAUCGGCUAGUAAAGCGUGAUUCGCGAAAACGACGUUCCAAAGGUGAAAAUCGACGACAGUCACUUCCACGUAAGAGAACUGGCGGAACAGCUGGUCGUAGUUCACCAGCCAAUGUCUCAUCAGGGUCUGAGGAUAAACGCAGUGCUGAAAAGAGAGCUGCGCUUGCAGAAGGAGAGUCUAGAACUACACAGAGACGAUGGGACCGUGCUGUGAAACAGUCCAUGACAACGCAGCACAGUGACACAUUUGAUUUAGAGUUGGGGGAAGGUGUUGCGGAUAGCAGCUUUCCGAGGAGUCUCUAUUCCAGCUUCUCUGAGCUGUCUCUAAGUAGCGAUGGUAGUGUGACACCUUCCAUGAAGACACCGAAGACGGAUGGCAGCCGCACCAUGGCCACCACCGCACCUUCACCGGUGAUUUCAACUGCCGUCCCACGAGAAAGUCUUCACCAGCAUGUGUGCCAGGUGGUCCGUGGACUGGAGAUGGUUCAAAGUGCUCGUUUCUAUGUGAAGCAAGCGUUAUCAAUCGGAGCAGAAAGUAGUGCUGAGGCAGAUCAGAAAGCAGCCAAGUACCGGUUAUGGUUGGAGCUGCAGUCUGCUCUCAAGGACCGCGAGAAAGAGCAUCAGGAGGGAGUUCUGCGUUUAGCACGUGCACAUAUAGAUAAGGUGAUGUGUGAGAUUGAACAGUUCCAUUUCAAUGCAGACCGCAGUGGAUUCUCAAAGACUUCGCAAAGCACUCGCCGGAUAUUUGCUAAAGCAAUGGCAAGCACUUACAACGAAGACAGCCAGAAGAAGAUUGAAGUUGUAACCGGACUUGCUUGUUUCUCAUCGAAGCACAUGACGGCACUGCAGUCAAUCCAUUCACUCCUGAGUUUGUUUGACCAAGCCUGCACACUCUAUCCUUCUCUGUCUCUCUUGCUGGAGCGCGAGCGAGCGGAUGGAGAAACUGACGAGUUUGUUAACCGACACAGUACUCUGUUGUCGUGGAGUAAUGCAUCGUGGCAGCUUGCUAUUACACUAUCUACACUGCAGAAAUGGAUGCAUGUCAAUGUCAGUGAGCUGUGUCUUGAGUCAGUGGAGAUGGAUGAUGCAAGUGACAUUGUGUUGAGCGCACUGUCCAAUCAGGUCACGAAAACCAGCAGUGUGUUGAUCAACAUCUCUGAGGAAACUUCAGACGUGCCUGGUGACGAUCUACGCGUGGAGAGGGCGUUACCCAUAUCUGUCAGUGCUCCGGAUCCCUCUUCUCAUUCGGAUACUCUAGCAAAUGCUACUGAACACGACGUGCAUCGAAGUCAAUCAGACAGCAAAGCAAUGCAAGGCAGCAGUUUUGCUAGAAAGAGUAGUGACAGCUACACACAGCGCUACUCAAGCUUCGUCGAUGCUGCUCUGAAGCGGUUCAGUUUGACUGCGCUGCUCCAGCGUCUGUUGCGCAUGGUGGACGAUGUUCUUCAGCGUGUGCAUUCUCUGUUUCUCUGCCCAGACGAACAGGCCGAUUUUCACAUCAGCGUUCCACAGUUUGCUGGAUCGUCUGUGCUGUCAUCAACGUCCUCACAUAACCUCACAUCCCGAGCCGUGUCAUUUGCUUCUCUGUCACCAUCGGUAGUCACUGGCGCAACGCUCUUCUCCAGACAACAGUCUGCAAUGUCAUCAGUCAGUGGUGCAUCUCACCUGCCUUUCCCAUCACCAUCCUCAUGGGAAGAAGAGUUUAGUGCCAUUGGUCUUCCAUCACUUGCCGAGCCGUAUCUAUCAUUACUAAGAGUACCGCUUGAUGUCACUCAGCAGGUGAUACGCUCUUGGCUGGAGCGUCAGCCAGAGUGGAAGCCAUCGGCCAUCAGCAUUCGCCAGCUCAUCUAUGAAAGUAAAGAACUACUAGUUGCUGCACAUGAAGUCAAGUUGUACUAUGUACAGUUAUUGGAAGCCGUCUUGCCCAAUCUCACCACUGUCUAUCAACGCCAGCUAGAAGUCAGUCAAGUUGCUUUUGAACAGGACCUGCGUAAAGUUCUGGAGGCAUACCUUCGCCAUCUGCAUAGCUACGUGCAGAAGAUUGCUAGAGCAGAUCAUGCAGCUCUGGAUCCAGUCAAUGUGCUGGAACAGGAGUGGCAGUUCAUCAGUCGAUUUGUGCCGCAAGUGCGCCGUGGCAUGAGUAAUGUUGGUCGCAGAUUCUGCAUCAUUGCGCAGGGCUUCAUGCAGAAUACAACAAAUUUUCUGGAGUCUGGCCUGGACGAGUGCACCACGGAGCUUCACAAUCUAGACCGUUCACUGGACUUGAAAUCGGAGCUACUGCAGACAAGUCGGUCUUUUCGGAAGCUCUUUGAGCAAGUCCGAGAGCGCUCGUCAAAGGCAGUUGGUUUUGGCAGGAUGCUAAGAAAGGAGAUGCAAAUUGCGGCCGACUUCACUCGCUUGCCAGUGUGCAAUGAAGCAAGCCUGCUGAAAUGCCUGCAAGACACUGGCCACUCAAUGGUCCACUUUAUCAGCUCCAGUGCACGUCCACUGUUCGUUUCUCCAUCACUGGAGGAUAACCCCGAGCGUGUGCUAUCUUUGCUGAAUGUGGCAUGUGGACACGGAGGCAGUGAUCACUGGUACACUGAAGACUAUCUGAUCCUGCUGUCUCAAACGACCUCUCCGCUCGCCUCCAUGACAACUUCCGCGACCAGUUCAUUGACGUCUACCUCCACACUUAUGGACUCGACACCAGUCGCAUCCGGAGAUAUCCCUCCAAGUAUCGGUAUAACUAUCGUAUCCUCGGCAUCAUCCAAUCUCGGAUCAGCAGCACAGAACAUUCCACUUCCAUCCAAUUGGAGCACUACGGCAGCAUCUGCUUCGGCAGCUGAGCCACAUGUCUGGACGGGCAGUGUCAUCGAAGUCGAACCUCCUAAAGAGACUACACAGGCACUCAUGGACCUACAAGUGGACGAUGUCAAGCUAGUGGUGCCAAUAGCUGCGUCACUACCGGCAUGCCGGAGUAUAUUCUUCCGUCUGUGCAGUGAUCUACUGGAGGUCUCAUUGGAGCACACUUCUACAUAUCCUGAUGUUGGAGAGAGUCUUGCUGAAUUAACUCAAUCUACAAUUGACCUGGGCGGUGCUAUCAUGAGAGCUGUGCAUGGUGUUGGGCGCCAUCUCAUGCAAGAUGGCAUCAAUGAACUGGAGGACGGUAUUCAUGAUGAUCGACUCAUUGAUGCUUACAUCAAGACCAUGCAACGGUGCUAUGGAACUGCAUUUGAGUUUCUGUAUGAGGUUGAGAGACUAGUGUCUGCGGACCAGCGUCGUAUGUUUGGUAUUGAGCUGUCUCACUUCAUGACCGGCUGGAUGCAGUAUGUCUCUCAUUUCUGUGACAUGUCACCGCACAGCCAACCAAGGUGGAUGGCGCAGGGCCUAAGCUUCGUGACCCUAUCCUGUCGCGAGGACUUUCUGCAGGGACUGUCUGAAGAUGAUUAUCAGCACUUUUCCUUUGAAGUGACCGAGUUCUUGGAGAAGUUCCAAUUUAGCACCAAGUCUGAUGAUGAUUACGACAGCUCUCCGCAUCCCGAAGAAUCACCGUGGCAAUCUAUGGAUGCAGAUACAUCCCCAUCCAAGCCACGAUCAACCCUGGCAACUCCAAUCCUGGUGCGGCAUCGCUCUAAGAUGAUAGCUCGUCGUACUAAUAGUGCACGUGUGUUGCGCUGGUACAGCAGUGCUAGUGGCAGUAGUAGCCCUAUUGUACAUGCGUAUGAUCCUGUUGAAAGAGGCUCUUCACUGCCUGUGGGACUGCCACGCUCAGCAGCUAUUGAUGUUGCUGGCGGGCUUGAGGACUCCAUGUCAAGUGCUGACGAAGCCCACAGCAGUGCGACUCGUCGUAAACGCUCUAUAUCUGAGCCGGUGGGCAUCGCGUCCCUUGAAUGCAGAUCUCUUUCUCCUGUGAUCGGCUCACCAAACGAUGCUCCGGUUGAGGCCCGGAGGAUUCUGGAAAGUUCAGCUGGUAUGGCAGGUUUGGCAACAGACUCUGCUCAGUGGUCUCUGAAGCGCAGUGAUGACUGUGAGGAAAGCAAGUCUCUCUCUCCACGUGUCUCUCUCUCCACGGGUCUUAUUGCCACCACCACGCCAGAAUCCAAUGGUGAAGAUGCAGACGAUAGCGGAGUUACGGCGACACCAUCACCUGCUUCCCUGGAUAGUCCAGCAUGUGCAUCUCCGUUCUUCUUCUCCUCUCGCAUCCAACGCUGUCAGGUCAGUCUGGAGAAGCUGGAUGAAAAGCGUUCGACGGCACUGUUGGGUAAACGCUUGGUGGGCAAAGUGAUGAGUCCAUCGUUCCGUCCAUCCGGCAAAAGCAGCAUUAUCUCACUCAAGUUGAAACAGGUUCGAUUUCGUUGGCAGCGUGGCAAUAAAAUUGGUGCCGGCAAGUUUGGCCAGGUGUACUCCUGUGUCAAUCUGGAUACUGGAACUACCAUGGCUGUCAAAGAAGUUGUGUUCCAAGGCAGCAGCAGUGGUGCAAUCAAAGACCUAGCCGAUGAGAUCAAGAUGAUGGAGAAUAUCAAUCAUCCACAUCUUGUUCACUACUAUGGUGUUGAAAUGCACAAGGAGGAGCUGUUGAUCUUCAUGGAGUACUGUUCUGACGGAACUGUACAUGAUCUUGCCAAGCAAGGUCCUCCGGAGAGUCUAGUUCGUGUCUUGGUCCACCAACUCCUGCAGGCUGUGCAGAUUCUGCAUGACAACUGUAUUGUUCAUGGGGACAUCAAAGGUGCCAACAUCUUCCUGACUCCAACUGGUGGUGUGAAACUUGGUGACUUUGGGUCGUCGGUCAAGUUGGCAGAUGUUGCUGGUACAGCGCACGGUGAAGUACUGGGCAUGCGUGGCACCGUGGCCUUCAUGGCGCCAGAGGUAAUACAUCAAAAUCAAGGCCGUGGUUUUGGUCGACCUGCUGAUCUUUGGAGUGUGGGCUGUGUCCUGGUGGAGCUCGUGACCGGAAAGCACCCAUGGAGUGAAUAUGACAAUGAAUUCUCGAUCAUGUACCGUGUCGGUGAUGGUAUGACACCAGCCAUUCCGGAAAUUCUGAGUGUUGAAGGUGCUGAUUUCCUCAAAAAGUGCUUUGUUGCUGACCCGGAGGAUCGCUCCUCAGCCAGCCAGCUUCUGGAUCAUUUGUUUGUUCGAGCGAGUGAGUCUCUCUGAUGCCUGGAGCAAGUGAGUGAUAGCUUAGAUAGAUUUGUUCUGUUCCUCUUCUAUUUUACCAAAUAUUUUCCUUUUACUCCUUUGCUGCAUAUGAAUAUGUAAAAAAUUCUACCUUGACAUUGAAUUCAUCUAACAUUGCACACGUGAUAGCAUCUGCUUAUUUCAUACUGAAGUUACUUUGGUAGCUGUGGCUUUCCAAGAAGUGAAUGCUUUCCUCUCUUUAUUUUUUGAAAUAUUUGUGCCAGAAUUGAGUUUCUCUCUCUCUCUCUCUCUCUCUCUCUCUCUCUCUCUCUCUCUCUCUCUCUCUCUCUCUCUCUCUCUCUUUCUCUUUCUCUUUCUCUUUCUUUCUCUGUUGAGAUCAUUAAAGGCGUUUCUCCCUGCUGCUUGGCCCUGACUGACUGCAUGUGCCGCUUACUUUUAUGCGAUAAAUUUCAUGCUCACACGUCCACGAAACGGUUACUAGUAUUCCAUUGUGGAAUAUCAUCAUGGAUAUAAUAUACAUCAGGUAUAAUACUUUUUUUAAGCUUCUGUUCGUUGAACUAACAUCACUUGCCAUUUGCCUCUUGCCGUGGUUGCUUCUGUACAUACUCUUGAGUUGAAAAUAAUGUGCACACUUGCAAUGAA